CGCCCCAUUGGCCGGGGCGGGGCGAUGACAUCAUGCGCGCCGCGGCGGUAGUGGUGGGGGUGCGGUUUCACCCCGCAGCGGGUUCGGCUCGGCUCGGCUCGGUACCGGACGGCCGGGCCAUGGGCUGGGAGCGGGCCCCGAGCGGGCAGGAGUGACCCGUCUCUGAAGCAGCAGGCGCCCUGACGCGGAGCGCGAGGGGCCCGCGAGGCGCCGGCGGCCCCGGGUGCGUGCAGGCGCGCGCGGCUCCCUCCCCGCCGGCACCAUGCCCAUCCUCAAGCAGCUCGUCUCCAACUCGGCCCACUCCAAGCGGCGCUCGCGGGCCGACCUGACGGCCGAGAUGAUCAGCGCGCCGCUGGGGGACUUCAGGCACACCAUGCACGUGGGCCGGGCCGGGGACGCCUUCGGGGACACCUCCUUCCUCACCAGCAAGGCGGGCGAGCCGGGGCCGGAGGGCGGCGAGGAGCCGGGCGCCUCCAAGCCGGGGCUGCUGUCCCGCCGCUUCCGCAGCAGCAAGCGCUCGCAGUCGGUGACGCGGGGCGACCGGCGCGACAUGCUGGGCUCGCUGCGCGACUCGGCCCUCUUCGUGAAGAACGCCGUCUCCCUGCCGCAGCUCAACGAGAAGGAGGUGGACCGCGGCGCCGCGCAGCUGCCCAAGAGCCUCUCCUCCAGCCCCGUGAAGGCCACGCCGGAGCAGGGCAGCCCCGAGGAGCGGCAGCGCCCCAACGGGGCGGCCGCCGGCCCGCCGAGCCCCGGCCUGGACGAGCGCGACUUUGGGGACAUCACGGAGCUGCCCGUGCUGGUGGCCAAGAGCGGGGCGGGCAUGAAGCACGCCGAGUCCAUCAUGUCCUUCCACAUCGACCUGGGGCCCUCCAUGCUCGGCGACGUCCUCAGCAUCAUGGAUAAGGAGCAGUGGGAGCAGGAGGAGGGCGGCGAGGCCGGCCCGGAGGAGGAGGGCAGGGGACCGCCGGGCUCCCCGGCAGCCCGCGGCGCCAGGGACAGCAGUUCGGAGGAGCGCAGCCCCGGCCCCGGGGGCACCCGGCCCGGCCCCCCCCGGCGCCCCGACGGGGAGUUCUCCUUCGCCGACGAGGACGACGACGAGAUCAGGGUAUAAGGCGGGCGGCCGAGCCGAGGGGUCCGGUUCCCCUCCGCGGUUGCUCGGACCCGGGGCCGGAGGAGCGAGCGGCGGCGGUGCCGGGAUGAGCGGUGCGGGGGGGGGACGGAGCCCCCGCGGCCCCGGCUUAUCCCGCGGGGACCUGGCCGGCGCAGCGGGAGCGUCUCCGGCCACCAGCGCCCGAUCCCGCCAUCGCUCCGGCACAUCCCGGGAGGGGAAGCAGAUCCGUCUUGGUUCUUCUUGUUGGACUUUGGAUGUUAGCUCGAUUUCUUUUUCCCUGCCGUAGAGCAAUAUAGAAUCAAACAGGACGAGGCUUCAAAGUUUUAGCUCCUUUAGUAAUAUAUAUAUAUAUCCCCCCCCAUACAGUUUAUAUUGGUCUCUGAUUUGUACUUAACUCUCUUUACUUUUGCUUUUGGUUUUAACUGAGGGGGGAUUCCUACGAGGAAGGACUUGGCUGGGCAGCUCGGCGCUGCACGGGGGCACCGGGCUUUCUGCAGAGCGGGGGAGCCCCCAGCCUCGUGGAGCCGGGGGGGCUGCUCCCUGCUGCCGCCGGCUGCUCCCACUGGUGCAUCCUGGUUGCUUCCCGCAGGGAUGCUUCCCGCAGGGAUGCCCUUGCUCCGUGUGAUGGGGCGGUGUUGCCCGGAGCUGGGGGGGGGCUCAGGCUGGGAGGGGGGUGUCCCCGCGGUCCCCCUCGGCUGCCCGUGCCAGGGAGCAUUGCCGCGGGUGGGAGCGUGGGUCCGUCUCCGGCGUGGGAAGCGCGUGGCCCCCGCAGCCCCACAGCGUGCCCCCGGCACCGCCGCUGCAGGCGGGUGGAUGCGGAGGGUUUUAUACCUUGUAUGUAAAAAAUGCAAAGAAUAAAAGGAAACGGUAGUGA